GCUGCUGCGUCCCGUCGCCAUUCGGCAGGCCGCCGCGUCGCAGGGCUCCGCGGACCCGCCCGCGACCCCGAGCCGGGCCUUGCCCGCCGUCCUUCGCCCGCCUUGACGCCGUCGCGGCCGGGACGGUUCAACUUCUCAUCUUUGUUGUUCUUCGUAUGCUGUAGGCUGUUUUCUGUGCCUUAGUCAAAAAGCCAUGUAGACUGCCUGCCCUUUGAAGACGUCUUCUAAGGUGUCUAGUAAGACAACUGCAAUAUUGAAAGUUUUAAAGACUAUAAGCGUGUGUGUUGUAGUAGAAGGAAGAAUGGACGUAUUCCAGGAACUUCGUAAACCAUCAGCACGUCUGGAGUGUGACCACUGUGGUUUCAGAGGCACAGAUUAUGAAAAUGUGCAGAUUCACAUGGGCACCAUCCACCCAGAAUUCUGUGAUGAAAUGGAUGCUGGUGGGUUAGGUAAAAUGAUAUUUUACCAGAAAAGUGCAAAGUUAUUUCACUGCCAUAAAUGCUUCUUCACCAGCAAGAUGUACUCUAAUGUAUAUUACCACAUCACGUCCAAACAUUCAUCCACAGACAAAUGGAAUGAUAAACCAAAACAUCAGUUGAACAAAGAAACAGAUCCUGUGAAAAGCCCUCCUUUUCCUGAACACCAGAAAAUGCCCUCUCAUUCAGCGGAACUCCUGAAACCCGUACCUGCCCUUUCCAUAGAAACACAGAAACUUGGCCCAGUUUUGUCUCCAGAAUCACCAAAACCUACUCCUCUUAGUCCCCUGGAGCCUCAGAAACCUGGCCCUGUUGUUUCUCCCGAGCUACAGACACCUUCUCUUCCUUCUCCUGAGCCUUCAAAACCUGCCCCUGUUUCUUCUCCUGAACUUCCGAAACCAGUCCCUGUUUCUGAAUUGCAGAAGGCUGUCCCUGUUCCUUCUCCAGAAUCACAGAAACUUGCCCCUGUAUCUCCUGAGCCAGUAAAAGCUACUCUUGUUAAUCCCAAAUCCCAGAAACACUCUCAUUUUCCAGAAACAUUGGGGCCACCUUCAGCCUCAUCUCCAGAGUCACCAGUUCUAGCUGCUUCUCCUGAACCUUGGGGGCCAUCCCUAACCGCAUCUCCAGAAUCUCGAAAGUCAGCCCAGACUACCUCCCCUGAGCCAAGGAAGCCAUCUCCAUCAGAGUCUCCUGAACCUUGGAAGCCAUUCCCUGCUGUGUCCCCAGAGCCCAGGAGACCAGCCCCAGCUGUGUCACCAGGUUCUUGGAAGCCAGGACCACCUGGGUCCCCUCGGCCUUGGAAGUCCAGUCCUGCAGCAGCAUCAGGACCUUGGAAGCCAGCUAAACCGGCUCCAUCGGUAUCUCCUGGGCCUUGGAAACCAAUUCCUUCUAUAUCCCCUGGACCUUGGAAACCCACUCCAUCUGUGUCCCCUGCAUCCUGGAAGUCUUCGUCAGUCUCACCUGGCUCCUGGAAAUCUCCUCCUGCAUCUCCUGAGUCUUGGAAGUCUGGCCCACCAGAACUGCGAAAGACAGCACCCACGUUGUCACCUGAACAUUGGAAGGCAGUUCCCCCAGUGUCUCCUGAGCUUCGCAAACCAGGCCCACCACUGUCCCCAGAGAUCCGUAGUCCAGCAGGCUCUCCAGAGCUCAGGAAGCCCUCAGGGUCACCAGACCUUUGGAAGCUUUCUCCUGAUCAGCGGAAAACUUCUCCUGCUUCACUUGAUUUUCCUGAGUCCCAGAAAAGUUCCCGUGGUGGUUCUCCAGAUCUCUGGAAGUCUUCCUUUUUUAUUGAACCUCAGAAACCUACUGUCUUCCCUGAGACCCGAAAACCAGGUCCUUCUGGGCUGUCAGAGUCCCCCAAAGCGGCCUCGGAUAUCUGGAAGCCGGUUCUUUCUAUCGAUACUGAACCUAGAAAACCUGCUUUGUUUCCUGAGCCUACCAAAACAGCCCCGCCUGCUUCUCCUGAACCACGAAAACGUGCUCUUUUUCCAGAGCCCCGGAAGCACGCCCUUUUCCCUGAACUUCCCAAAUCUGCCAUGUUCUCAGAAUCUCAGAAGGCAGUUGAGCUUGGUGAUGAACUACAAAUAGACACUGUAGAUGAUCAAAAGUGUGAUAUUUUGGUUCAGGAAGAGCUAGGUACACCUAAGAAACUCUUAGAAGACACUUUAUUUCCUUCCUCAAAGAAGCUCAAGAAAGACAACCCAGAGAACUCAGAUGCUGAGCUUAGUAGUAGUGAGUAUAUAAAAACAGAUUUGGAUGCAGUAGAUAUUAAAGGCCAAGAAUCGAGCAGUGAUCAAGAGCAAGUUGAUGUCGAAUCCAUUGAUUUUAGCAAAGAGAACAAAGUGGACGUGACUAGUCCAGAGCAGUUCAAAAAUGUACUACAAUUUACUGAAGAAAAAGAAGCCUUUAUCUCUGAAGAGGAGAUUGCAAAAUACAUGAAGCGUGGGAAAGGAAAGUAUUAUUGCAAAAUUUGUUGCUGUCGUGCUAUGAAAAAAGGUGCUGUUUUGCAUCAUUUGGUUAAUAAGCAUAAUGUUCAUAGCCCUUACAAAUGCACAAUCUGUGGAAAGGCUUUUCUUUUGGAAUCUCUCCUUAAAAAUCAUGUAGCAGCCCAUGGGCAAAGUUUACUUAAAUGUCCACGUUGUAAUUUUGAAUCAAAUUUCCCAAGGGGCUUUAAGAAACAUUUAACUCAUUGUCAAAGCCGGCAUAACGAAGAGGCAAAUAAAAAGCUAAUGGAAGCUCUUGAACCACCACUGGAGGAGCAGCAAAUUUGAUUUUUAAACACAGUGUGAAUAUUUGCUAUACAAAGUUGUUUGUUGAAACUAUUCUUAGAAAGUAUAGCUUAUUAAAUAGCUUAGUUGGGUCAGUAGAUGUUGAUGUGUAUGAUGUACUGUGUUUGUUUUAGUUGUGUUACAAAGAAUGAGCAUUUGGUUAUUUUUCAUGGUCUUUGUUUAUGUGGCUAUCUUGUAAAUCAGUAAAUUUCUACUGUAUAUUCCAGAUGGAUAAAACUUUUUUUAAGUAUAUUUGAAAAAUAAUAUGAAGGGGUAGGCAUUCCAUUUAAUAAUGAAGAGCAAGUUGUACUAAACAUGUCCAGUUGAAAUAUCCAUGUGUGUGAAACUAAUUACAGAUAAUAGAAAUUAUUAGUUGGAAUGAAUAAGAAUUAGGCAUGAAAAAUAAAUUUGAGAAAAAUUUUGUUCCCUUCCUUUAAAUGUAUUUUUAAAUCAUAAGAAUUAUUUUCUAUUUGAUCAUGUAAAAUUAGUUUAUAAAUCUUAAACAGUUUUAGGUGUUUAUUAGCUGUUAUGUCAUGGAAAGUUGGAGUCUCAGGGUUGCUGAUUUUUGCUGAGGAAAAUUGAGUAAGUCUUUAAAAUACUUUGGUUUGCAGCCUUCUCCUAUGGGAGACUAAGGGAAGAUGAGUGUGAUUUUAGUUAGGUCUUUCUUGUCGUUUGUUGUUUUCAAUGGAGUCUUCCAUUCUGUAUCUUACUUUAAGAUCUGGCUGGCCAUUCAUUUCCCUGCCAGCUCACACUAGUAGAUGAUCCUUAAUUGCCAAAUGUGUUAAAGCUUGUUUGUCCUACUCCUGGGGCCUUACAUGUCACCUGUUGGGGCUUUAGACCAGGGUGAUGAGUAGGAACUGAAAGUCUUCCAGAUUCACAGUAGAAAAUUUUAUAGUUAUUUCUGUUUGAGAAAUAUUAUUAAUUUUAUGUUUUUCACAGUUGUUAUUGUAAAUAUCUUGUUCCUGUUUAUGGAUUAUUUUAUUCUAAAAUAUUUUGUCAAAUGUGUAUCAAUCAAAUUAAAAACAGACUUUCAUGUCAGCAGCA